GAAAAGCAACGUCACGAUGAGCCAAUAGAAAGCCAGUUUGCAUCAUAACCGAACGCCAUUUCUUUUUACUCGGACAGCCUUACAUAAUUUUGAGUUCGUAAAGUUGUAAAAUUUUUAUAUCCGUACAAAAAUAAUAAUAAUGCCGCGUGGUGGAAGGCGAUCUAGCGGUCGCUCAUCGCCUACGUUUGGUAGAGCGCCACCUCCUGCUCCUCGAGCUUCUCCGAGGCCUUCAUCGAGCGUUCCUGCCGCAAGACCUGCAUCAAACGUGGCUCAGCCCACACCGGCGACACCACAGCAGCCAGGACUGUUUGGACAAAUGGCUUCUACUGCGGCUGGUGUAGCGAUCGGUUCAACUGUGGUAAGUUGUUGAUCUGAUCGUGAACUUUUAUCUUUGGUGACAUUACAAAAGAUAUUGUGCACGCGAUAUUGAUAAAAGUUACGAAUCCACACUUACUUUAAUUUAUCACUGAUAAAAGUAGAUCGUGGCAUUUUGUAAAAAGAAUUCGUUUUGAAAUAUUUAACACGAUCGUUGACAAUUUCAGACUUGUAUUCUUAAGAGUAGUGUGGUGAAAUUGCGAACAGGUUCUAUUGUGGAUGUAUAGGAAGCUUCAGGGACUCGGGUCCAAUCUUGUGCUUAUAUAAUAGUCCAAUCAAAAGGACGCCAUUUAUAUACAGUCAACUCUCUUUAAGACAGACACCUUUGGGACCAGUGCUGAGUGUCUUUCUUAGAUUGGGAGAUGUCCAUCGUACAGAGAGUCAAAUAAAGGGAGUAAAGGAAGGCAGGGACCAACUCUAAGUGUCUGUUUUACAGAUUUGUUUAUCUUAUAGAGGUGACCCUUACCUGGGGGGUACUCCCUUAUCAAGUCUUUGACAGAUAUGUGCCACUGAAUCGGAUAUGGUUUUCAAGGUCUUAAUUCUGAAACAGGGUGUACAAUUUUAGGAGCGGGGGCAAGGGAGGUCUCAACACGAGUUCACAAACAAGAAUUGCGUUUCACAAGUCAUGAAACAAAUAAUAUGUUUUCACGCUUCUCAAAAACAGAGGUCGUACACAAUGUCAAAAACGUAAUGUUAGUCCCAUUAUUUUUGCAAAACAGAGUGCUUCGACUAUAUUUUAGCAAGUUCAUUAGAGUUUUAUGAACCUUAUGAAAAACACCAUUUGGCUAUAAAUUUGCAAGGGAAGCCAGCUGUAAGUGGGUCUGAGCAUACUUAAGUGUGAAGUUAUAUUAAAAGACUUGAAAGUGAAAUUGAAUCAAGCCACCAAAUGCUAGUUAAGGUCGUUUGGCCAAAUUAAUGAUUUAUUUUCUUCGAUUGAUGUUCAAUGUACGUGUAAACAAUCAAGGAUUUUGGCAGUUUAGGUUUCACAGAGUGCACUUCAAUUGCGUUUCACAGAACAGUUUUUCAGUACAUCGUAAUAAAUAUUUACAGACACGAAAAAUGGUCGAUCACUUCGUCACAAAAGUAAGCAUGCCCCCCGCCCUCUUUUAAAUAUUUGGGGUCUUUAACAGGGUGUGUUAAAUUUAAUUAAAUACUUGAUUAUCAACUUCCCUUGGGGACGUUUCAUGGACAAUGAAACAAAUAUUUCAAAUUGGAACAUAACAAAGUUAAAAAUCCCAACUAAUAGGAGGCAAACCCAAUAGCUAUUUUACAAGCAUGGCCAAGGAUGUGAACUCGGGACUACCAAGAACAAAUCCAGCUAGCAGCUAGGGCGGGCCUUGAACUCGGGGCCUCUGUAAUACAAGUCCAGUGCUCUAACUACUCAGCCAUGCUGCCUCUGAAACCAGCAGAAACCUUUAUAAGAGUGUGAAAGCUGUGGGUGAGACAAAAGAGACAAAAAAUUUAGCUCCAUGACAUUAGCUUGAAAAAUUACCAAUUCCGUAUGCAAAUUGAAACAAGUCAGGGUCAUAAAAUAAGAUGUUUUGUCUUGUCUUAAACAGCGUACGGAAAUGUGCUAUUUUUGUCUUAAACAGGGUCAGUUUUUGAGGGCUUCAGAUGCCAACCAAUACCCAAACCUUCUUAAUUGCUAUAUGUUACCACUGAAUGGCAUGAUAAGAAAGUCAGCAUGAACUUAUAUUUGAGUUUUUAGAAGAGAUCUACCAGCUGUGCCCCCUGAAUGACCUAUGUUUCUUUGUAGGGUCAUGCUGUUAGUGGUGCUCUGUUUGGUGGACAUGGUGGGGGAUCAGAGCAACCUGCUUAUCAACAGGAUGCUGCAGCAGCACCAUACCAAAGCUAUAAUCAGCCAAUGAGUGGACAGCAACAGCAGGGUCCAUGUCAAUUUGAAAUGCAGCAGUUUAUUGAAUGUGCACAGAAUCAGAGGGAUAUUACUCUUUGUCAGGGGUUCAAUGAGGCUCUCAGGCAAUGUAAAUUGGCAAAUGGUAAGAAACAUUUCAAUUAA